GUGGUGUAAUUGGUGGUGUUGCUACAUUGUUGGUAUUGUGAACAAUCUGGAAUACGUAAGUUGCAUUUUAUUAAUUAUUAAUUGCAGUUGAUUGCUUUCAAUGUCAUGCAAUUCAUUAUAAACAAAAUUGCUAGGCUCAACAAUGGAAACCUAAUAAAAUCUUCAUGCUUUUUGGAAUCUAAAAUAACAAACAUAUCUGUAAAUUGGAAGAUUUAGGGUCCAUUUGUUUGGCAUAAUACUUGCUCAAGUUCCAAGAGGAUACUGAAUUUAAAUGCAGUUUACUUGAUGAAAUUUUCUUGUUAAAUCUUUAUCAGUCUCUUGUGCUAAUUUUCUAAACUUCUGAUUUAAUUUUUUUUGGUAUGUUAUUUAAGAAAUAGCUGCAAAAUACAAUUUUAAGAAUUUGACAAUUGAAGCCAUUCAAGUAUCUGGUUACUUAGUUCGAUCCUGUUAGAAAGAUAUAGAUGCUUUGGAGGCCUUGAUAACUUGUUCUAGUUCUACCACAGAAACUAUUUUAUUUGCUUAAGUAUUUAUAUAUCUGUAUUGUGAAUCUGUAUUGUGAAAGACAUUCUUACAAUCUCUUUCUUUCAUACCACAUUUUUAAUCUUGUCAACCCUAAUACGACCAUUUUAAUCCAGUUGGGUGCGAUUGUAGUUUUAAUGGUUUGGAGCAUAUGUAUUCUUCUUGCUACUGAUUCUCUUCUUGCUACUGAUUCAUUUUUCUUAAUUUUUAGAUUCACUUUAGUGCACUACAACAGGAGAAUUUCUCCAUUCAUCCUGAAUUCAUUACUAAAGUUGCUGAUGCAUUUAUGAGUACUGAGUGUUUUCACUCUGCGUUGAAGUAUUAUCAUAUGCUGGAGUUGAAUGUUGGAGCUGACAAUGUAAGGGGAAUUUCUAAAAUUCCUCUAUAUUUGAUUUACAAAAUUGCAGUUGAAUACGUAAGAAAUUUUUGGGCAUUUUAAUUGCCAUUGUGGGACUCCAAAAUGUACAUUGAAAGAAAUCUUAUUAUUGCAUCAGAAUUUAAUGAAUUAAGGACAACAGUAACAUCCAUAUAAUAGUGUUUUUUAACAACUCUUAACAUUUUUAAUAAUUAACAAAAAAUGUGCAUGUCAUGAUAGAUAUGGAUUCGCACUGGUUUUCAGCACUCUUUGAGGGGAGUUAUGAUGAUGUAAUCAAUAACAUAGCCGAUUACGUUAAUUAUAGUAAUUCUUCUGUUAACGAUGGAGAUUCCAGUGGUAAUCAAAGUUCUGAUGAUGACGACGACGACGACGACGACGCGUCAGAUGAAGAAGGCGAGCUGUUUUGGGAAAGAGAGUUUGAUCAUCAGAAAUUGGUUAUAUGCACGGCGGGUGCCCUAGCAUUAUAUUACAAUACGUAUAUAUAUAAGGAACCUUGUAUGGAUUCGUACAACACUGGAAUGCAAUGGUUGAACGAAAUAUUACAUGGACAUUGGACCCGCUGUGUAAACAUGUUCAGGAUGGAUGCGACGACAUUUCAAAGUCUUUGCUUUCAACUUGAAAACCAAUAUGGGUUAACAGCAUCUAGAAGAAUGUGUGUUUAUGAAAAAGUUGGAAUAUUUCUUUAUACAAUAGCAUUGGGUGCUUCCAACAGAGAAGUUCAGGAGCGAUUUCAACAUUCAGGAGAAACUAUUAGUAGGUACUUUAAUGAAGUUCUUAAAUCAGUUUGUUCGCUCGCUGCAGAUUUAAUACAACCUGCAGAUCCCAGGUUUGUAAACACACCGUGUGAAAUUGUGAACAAUCCAAGGUAUAUGCCACAUUUCAAGAAUUGUGUAGGAGCUAUCGAUGGUACACAUGUGCGUGCAUGUGUUUCUUCAGAAAACCAAAUUCCAUUUAUCGGAAGAAAAGGUGUGCCAACCCAGAAUGUUAUGGCUGCAUGUAGCUUUGACAUGCAAUUCACAUUUGUUUGGGCGGGCUGGGAAGGCAGUGCACACGAUACACGAAUUUUUCUCGAGGCAAUUGACAAUCCACGUGUAAAAUUUCCUAAGCCACCAGAAGGGAAAUACUACUUGGUUGAUUCGGGAUAUCCUAAUGAAUAUGGAUUUUUAGGUCCAUAUAGAGGUCAGAGAUAUCAUUUGGAAGAAUUUAGGAGGCGAGGACAACCACAAAAUCAUGAAGAAAUUUUCAACCGUGUGCACUCUUCAUUACGUUGUGUGAUAGAACGUACAUUCGGAGUUUGGAAAAAAAGAUGGCGAAUCCUACAGAAUAUGCCAUCAUUUAACUACAAGACACAAGUUCGAAUUGUUGUCGCAUCCAUGGCAAUUCAUAACUACAUUAGAAGAACUUCAAUGCAAGAUGUGGCAUUUAUGGAGUUCGAUCGUCAUCCUGAUUUUGUGCCCGAUGAUUUUCUAACUGAUGUUGCUCCACGUGCACAAAUGCAAGGACACCACAGGCCUUCGCAAAUGGAUUACGUACGUGAUGGGAUUGCUGCAAGUUUAAUGACACAAUUAUAAAUUAUUGUUCUAAUAUGUUUAGGUCUCUUUGCAAAAUUUUAAUGGUUGUAAGAUUACUUUUUAUGUAAUUGUUCAUUAAUAUUAUGAAUGAAGUCCUUUUAGGUAAUUAUACCAUAACAUCAAAUUGAACCACAAUUUUUAACCAAACACAAUAAACUACUUUUUAUUCAACCUCAAUUUCAACCACAGUUUUAACCAAACAUAUAUAAAAUCCAGACCAACCACAACUAAAAGCAC